AGUGUACGAGCUGCAUUGUGGGCCUUUCGAAUGUGACAGGGGCGACGUGACGACGUCAGCGAGUUCACUAUCAUAUCGCUCCUUAAGUUGUUAGUUGCUUGACAGUUUCCUGACGAUCUUUUGGCAACUAUGACGAACUACGUUCUCGUUGCUUGCUUCUUACUCUGUUGUUCCUCCGGGGUGCAGACUGCUGAGGUGGACGAGAUCAUGGAACUCCUGCAGAAAAAAAUCCAUGAACUCGCCAGUACAGAGGAGCUGAAGCAGAAAAUACUCCAUAGGAUCACCAUCGCACGUGACUGUUGCUUCGCCUACGAUGAACUUGGAGUGGCGGUGCUCAGAAAGAUGAUUGUGCCCAUCGUAUCUGGAGCCACACCGUGCGCGUCGACGAAAGCCGGAAUCCCCGAUCCCGUCGAGAGGGACCUGGCAGAGAAGCAGUGCUUCAAGGAGGUGGCCUUCCAAACGCAGGCAACUGUGGGGCUGACUCCUGAAGAAAACGCCACCUUCAAGGAAGUCUCCGCGUGCAUCUUUUCUCGACUGCCGGUAGUGAAUGCCUGA